UUUAGGGCUGAUUCACGGCAAAAUCAAAAUGUCUUCGAAAGCCAGAUCGAAAAAGGGUGCAUCUAAGAAAAAGGUGCAACGAGCGGCAUCCAAUGUUUUCGCGAUGUUCGACCAAACGCAGAUUCACGAGUUCAAAGAGGCAUUCAACGUCAUUGAUCAGGACAGAGAUGGAAUUAUCAGCGCCAAAGACCUGACGGAGAUGUUUAAUUCCCUGGGAAGGCCUCAGAAGGACGAUUACAUCGAAGACAUGCUGGGCGAGGCUACUGGGACCGUCAACUUUACGAUGUUCAUGACGCUGUUCUCAGAGAACAUGCAUGGUACCGAUCCCGAAGACAUGAUCAAGAGUGCGUUUACUACGUUUGAUCCAGAUGGCUCUGGAAUCAUCAAUGAGGACAGGCUGCGACCACUGCUAAUGAAACUCGGAGACAGGUUAGUUGUUCAACGAUAGCGUUGUUAUUAUUUCUCUUUAUUUCCUGAUUCGCUACAAGCGGUUGGCUGCAGAUUUUUCACAUGCGAACCAUCAGACGCAAGCAAAACUUUACAGGAUUUGUAUAGGGGGGAGGGGGGCAGAGAUGUAAGUGGUGUCACUGAGACACAGCUCUAACAUAAAAGUAGCUUUUAACGAGAAGUUUAAGGAGUGGAGUAAAGGUUAUAUGCCGCAUGCACGGGGGUGAGGGGGGGGGGGAGGGGUGGAGACUAGAGAUGUAGUGGGCGUCAGACACAGCUCUAACAUAAGUACAGCUCUGAUGAGAAGUUUAAGGUUGGGGUUAAGGUUGUAUGCCAAGUGCAGGAAUCGGUGAAAAAAUCACAACUUCUCUGUUUAUGGUUAAAAUGGGCAAUUGACUGAAAUUUUUAAUCUUUUCUCUGGUUGUAAUUUAACGUUACUAGAUUGUGCACGUGGCAGCGGUUAUAAAUUGGGAAGUUGUUACCAGAUACUGGAAUUCCUUACUUUCUCGAGUUGUCUAGAUAUAAUUUGUUUAAAAAAUAAAAAAAAAAGGGGGGAAAGGGAAGAUUGGCUGAGGCAAUAUUGACAAUCAUGUGGGCUAAGAACUUUUUAAGAGUGGAAUUAUAAACAGAUUCGACUAGCUCAGCGGAGCUAAACUCAAAAUAAUUUAUUUGGUUGAUUUCACGGCUUGUUUGGUUUAAAUUAGUUACGUCGGAGUAUUAUAAGAUCCAUGGGGAGAGUGACUGUUCGAAUCAUAUUUUUGCUUGGAACGGUGGAAUCAAAGUAUUUGAUCACAGGUUUUGUUAGGCAAUUUGUUUAGAAAUCAAACAUACCGGAAUACUUAAGGAGAUAGAUAUCAUGAAAUACAUAAUUAGUUAACGCUAAAUGGUUUUCAAGAUUGUUAUAUCUGUUAAAACAAAGUCUUGAUUCAUGAAAGUCAAUUCCAUUUCCAAGGAAGGACUUAUACACUUAUUGGAGAAGGUAUUUCAUGUUUCGAACCAAUCCAAACCUAACAAAGACACUAAAUCAAUUACCAAGGGGUCAACUUAAACUUAUGUUAAUUUACUUUCCAGUCCAUUUUAAAAGCAGAUCAUCUGCUUUUAAAAUGGACUGGAAAGCAAACACAAGAGUCAUGUGUUUAUUGUAGUUACUGUUGAAAAGAAGUGCGAGUCUAGUGGAAUAUCUCACCCGACCAGAUUUUUGUCAUCAUACUUUGAUUGUGCUUAAAAUUCCAAUGUCGAUGCCACAAUGAGAAAUGGUCAGAUUUAACAUUUUCAAGAUCACAGAUAAUUUUUGCUUUUAUCCAAACACCACAAAUAUGCUAGCUGUGCCCCGAUCACCCGAACACACGGUCAAGGCUGGCAAGAGGAAGUCUGGGUCACAUUACAAUUAUGAUAUUUAUAAUUCUAUGGCCUGUUUCUUGUUACAUUUUAGGUUUACAGAGGAAGAAUGCGAUGAAAUGUUUACUCAUGCAAAUGUUGACGACGACGGGAAUUUUAAUUACAAUGAAUUCACAAAGAUCAUAAAACAUGGUGAAAAAGACGAUUAGGAGUGUAGGGAUUGUAUGAUCGUGAAAAAUUUAAGAUAUCAUUGAUCUUAUUUCUGUGUUAGUUCUGGGGUAGCUCCCACGAUAUUUCAGGUUAUUUUUUUAUUUUUUUAUUCGUCAAGAAUGUCAGAAAUCAUUUAAUGUUUAGCCAAAACUGAUUAAAGCUCUAAAAUGUGUUUUAAUAGACCAGGAGCCCUCCUGAUGAGACUGAGUUUUAAAGCCCAAGG